AUGGAGAAGAUCCUUGUCCUUUUGCUCGUCACCCUUGCAGUGGCUCACGCAGUUCCUGAUCCCCGAGGAAUUAUUAUCAACCUGGAUGAGGGCGAGCUCUGCCUGAACAGCAUCCAGUGCAAGAGCAGGUGCUGCCACCGUACAAGCGGGCUGAGCCUGGCCCGCUGCGCACCCGAGGCCAGCGAGAGCAGCGAGUGCUCUGCCAAGACACUCUAUGGGGUUUACUACAAGUGUCCCUGUGAGCGGGGCCUGACCUGCGAGGCGGACAAGUCUGUUUUGGGCUUCAUCACCAACACCAACUUUGGCAUCUGCCAAGAUGCUAACAGAAAAUGA